GUGAAAUUCUCAUUUUUUAUUAUUAUGAGUUGUGCCUUCUCAAAAUUUAAAUAUAGCGCGUUAGGCGUAAGGCUAUAUUCCAACAAAGUUUUAGGUUUAUUUUCAACCACGCAUAAGCGAAAUUAUGCAGUUUCCACUGAAGAGCCUUUGAAAAAGACACCUUUGUACGACUUUCACGUUGAAAAUGGCGGGAAAAUGGUUCCUUUUGCUGGUUGGUCUAUGCCAGUUCAAUAUUCAAGCUUAGGAGUGCUAGCGUCGCAUCUGCACACUCGUGAGAACGCUUCAUUAUUCGAUGUAUCACAUAUGCUCCAGAUGAGACUUACUGGAAGAGAUCGUGUGUCUUUUCUUGAAAAGUUAGUCGUGGCUGAUCUAGAAGAAUUACCAGUUGAUAAUUCUAUUUUAUCAGUUUUCACUAACGAAAAUGGAGGCAUUAUUGAUGAUACUGUUAUAUGCAAACAUAAUGAUCACAUUCAUAUAGUCUCUAAUGCCGCUUGUGCUGAUAAAGAUACUACUCAUAUUCGUAAAGAAAUAAACAAAUUUCAGCAACGAGGUGGCGAUGUUAAUUUAAAAAUUAUUGAUGAUCAUGCUUUGUUGGCUCUGCAAGGUCCCAAAGCUGCAUCAGUUCUUCAAGAGUUAUGCGAUAAAGACUUGAGUGAUUUUAUGUUUAUGACGGCACGCCAUCUGAACAUAAAAGGCUUUGAUUGUCAUGUGACGCGUUCAGGAUAUACUGGGGAAGAUGGGUUUGAGAUUGGCGUUCCGUCACCAGCUUCUGUACAUUUAGCAAACCUUCUUUUAAAAUAUCCCAGUGUUCAACUAGCUGGGUUAGGUGCUCGCGAUAGUUUGCGAUUAGAAGCUGGAUUAUGUUUGUAUGGUCAUGAUCUUGAUGAAACAACGACACCGGUAGAAGCCGGUUUAACGUGGACAAUUGGCAAACGAAGAAGAAAAGAAAGUGAUUUUUUAGGAGCUGAACAUGUAAUACCUCAAAUAAAAGGAGGAGUAAUGCGUCGACGAAUUGGUUUUAUUGUUGAAGGUGCACCGGCAAGAGAAAAUGCUGAAAUUUACAAUAACAAAGACGAGUUAAUUGGCAAAGUAACAAGUGGGGGACCAUCUCCUUCAUUGCAAAAAAAUAUUGCGAUGGGUUAUGUUAAAUCAGGAUAUCACAAACUCUCAACUGAACUUCAGGUUAAAGUUAGAAAUCGCAUGCAAAAGGCUCAAGUUGUUAAAAUGCCGUUUGUUCCUACAAGGUAUUAUAAAUAAAUAUUUAAAUAGAUGGAAUAAGAAAAUAUUCUUUUGUUUCAACAUAAUUUUUACUUUGAUAAUAAUAGUAUAAUUUGGCUAAAAGCAAUUUGGUAAUUACAAGUAUAAAUACAAAUAAAUUGAUUUAUUGAAGAUGCUCCACUGCAAAAACAUUAUUUGUUAAGCAUCUCGUCCA